GAGGGAGGAAAAAAGGGGGGAUUGAAUGAAAAACAGAGAGAGCAAGUCUCUCUCUCUCUCUCUCUCUCCCUCCCUGCAGGCUGGCUGGUGUCCAGGUACAGUCCAGCCCUUCGAUCAUGAUGGAGGUGUGACGUGGAACCAACUUCCCUGUUGUGCAAUCGUCAGGAGGCUCUUGGGGGCUAUAAGACCAACUCAUCUGGUUUCUCAGAGUCUGUUUUCUCCACCCACAGACACAGAGGCAUGACAUGGUCCGCGGUGCUCGGCUGUGCACAUUUCUCUUAGAGGGGUCGAGGAGCAAUCGUUAAGGCAUGGACAUUAGCCAAAAGAAGCACUGAAGACUGCUUGACUGCUUGGACCAGACGCUCGACCACUGAAGCUGACCUUGGAAAACUUAAAGGAGGGAAGUCAAAUUGUGUGACGCAACGGUACGUCCAGUUCCAUUAUGGCAUUCCCAAAUGGCCUCUCCCUUUUCAACUCCACCGCCGCCCCCUAUUCAACAACGGAGGCCUAUCGGAACGCCUCUCUGGACUGCACAGACUGGCCUCCCGUGCCCAUGACCGCGGUCAUCCCCGCCAUCUACAGCGUUAUCUGUGUGCUGGGCACCGUAGGCAACGCCCUGGCGGUGUGCGUGCUGGCACACGCCAGGUCCUCAAGGAGAACUGUCGCCAACACUUUCAUGCUGAACCUGUGUGUGUCGGACCUGCUGUUCCUGCUGUCUCUCCCGCUGUGGGCCGUCUACUACUCCCAGGGCUACAGCUGGCCCUUUGGCUGGGUCGCCUGCAAAGUCUGCGGCGCACUCCUCAACCUCAACCUCUAUGCGUCGAUCUUCUUCAUCACGAGCAUGAGCGUGGACCGCUACCUGGCCAUCGUGCGUCCUCUCCGCUCCCAGAGCGCUCGUAACACCAGGCGCGCCCGGCUCACGUGCGUCCUGGUGUGGCUCCUGGCGUGCUCUUGCUCAGCGCCUACCUUCUAUCUGAGGGACACGUACCACCUGGAGGCGCUGGGCGUGGAGGGCUGCGUUAUUCUCUAUCCUGAUCAUACCUGGUACAUAACCUUGGCCUGGAUGAAGAUUGUCCUGGCCUUCCUGCUGCCGCUGCUUGUCAUCUCUUGUUGCUACUAUGCUAUCGGCAGACAUCUGAUGGCUGAUACGGGGCUGGUAAGAAUGCAGAAUCCUUCGCAUCCCUCCAGCGUGCCAUCCUUUAAAUCCCAGGAGAGCUGCAGUAAACCGGAGAGACCUCCAACCCCGUGCGUGAGCCCCAGCCACGGCGCCAGCAGAAACCUUGAGGGCAGGGGGCUGGAGCGGGUGCUGUGGACGGUAGCUGCCGUGGUCAUGGCCUUCUUCCUGUGCUGGUUCCCCUUCCACUGUGUGACCUUCUUGGACGUGCUGAAUAGCAAGGGCUGGCUGAACAGCUGCUGGGUGAACUGGACCAUCCAGAACCUCACCCCCCUCACCCUCUGCCUGGGCUUCUCCAACUCGGCCAUCAACCCCGUGCUCUACUGCUUCAUCGGAAACCAUUUCCGGGGCCGUCUCGGGGGCCUCUGCAAGGGCGUCUGUGCUCGUUUGAAGGCCCGUGGGGAGGAGCACAGCCAGAAGAGGGGCUCCUUCAGCACCAGGCUGAGCUCCUUCUCUCGGAAACUCAGUGACCUGAAAGACCUGGCGGUUGUGGACCCCUCUGGCCCUGCUUAACCGCCCCCCCUCUUUCCUCUCCCUCCUCCGUGUUCACACCCCAAAGAGUGAUACGUCAAGUGACUGCUGAACUGCAAUAAGCAUGAAUGUGUGAGACGGAGCUGUUACUAUAACUGACUGACUCAAUUCCAGCAGCGCUCCACGCCGCCCUACAAAGACAGAAAAAAAGUAGCUAAAGAAAAGAUGAAGCUGAGGAAAAAAGGGUUUAAAGGAUUGAAGCUGGUGGAGCGAAUCGAUAAAUUAUAAAUGUAAUGCCUUAAAUGGUGCAGGAGGCAGCUAUUUCCAGCCAAAAAGCUCUAAAAACCCUCUGUACACUAGCUGCUCAGCAGCAAACAGCAGACAGGCACAGUUAGCGGCUAGCCGGUGAACAACUGCAGCUAAAGAGCCACAUAGUUCCCUCGGGAGUUGGUGGAGACCAAAAACAGGGCUGAAAGGCAGUAAAUAUUAGACUUACAUGCUUGACAGCCUUGCUCCUGUUUCAGCUGCUGCCAAGAGGCCAUAAAAGUUCAUCAUCGACCAGUUCUUGUAGCUUUAAGAGUGCAGUGAAAAGCCUCUAAAACUGAAGGGAGGCUGGGGUGGCAGCCACAGGCUACUACGCUAAGCUAGGCUAGUAGCGUUUGAGCAGAACUAGCUCAGCUGCUGUUUUUGUUUCAUCAUCACAGUUGGAUUUAGCUUCUGUGUCAUUUACAGCCUAUGGGAACAUACAUUUAUUAAAGAUGUUGUAGGAUGAAUUUUUCUAUGACAUGAAACAGGUUCGAGCGAGCAGGUAAAUGUAGCUUUAGCAGAGGCUAACUGUGGCUAACUCACCAGCUAGUUUUCAUUUGAAGAUAAGCUUUUUAGUACUGUUUUAUAGAUUUGCAAACUAUGAUGUUUUUUUGCAAUUAUACAUUUCUGUGGCAUAAUAAUAUUUUGUAUGGUAAGGCAAAUGUCAGAGAGUUAUAUUCUGCUCUGGACUCCACUCUGAAUGUGUAGCUGCUGCGUUUUGACUGCACAGAACAGAACAGGCCAAAACAUUAAUGGAGUACAGAUGUAUAAGGGUGAUGCUAUUUUACUGUUCUCUUUAGGAGCAACAUAUUACAUGUGUAGCCACGUAACAUUAUGUAUCAUUUGUAUUGUAUUAUUCUGUAAAGGCAGUUUAGGGAAAUAAAAAUAACUGCAU